AUGCGAUCAGUAUUACCUGGGCGCACCUCCUUUGGGGUCUUGACCCGGGGUCAGCAAUGGACACAUCGCCUUGGGUCUCAGGGACUAGCGUCCACGACGAGGUCGAUCACUUGUCGAACUUCUUCGGGGAAGCUGCCCCUGCAGUCAUUGCUGUCUUCAGCAAGUCGAGCUAGGGUAGCCGAGACCUCAUUCUUAGCAUCCUUCCCACUCCAGCAAUCGCUUACAGGACACACACAAGUUCGGUCAUUCAAGAAGGCCAAUUACACUGAAAAGAUCCAAGAUAAUGAAAGAACGGAGGAGAUCUUGGAAACACUCUCAGAAAGGGAGGAUAUGCCUCCUCCUCAGUCUGGAAGUACAGCGCCCCAGGACGCUAACGAGGAACACAAUCCUCAUUCGAGUGAGCAGGCGGAUAAAUGGACCGAACACUUGACCAAGGGAAAGCUAUUGACUACACCAUCGCGUCUCUUCAAAUUGAUCAUUCCCUUGACGACGCCGCAACAGGGUCACGAGAAGGGAAUCGAGCCGAUUGGCAUCCUCGUUCAUCCCCAGCAGCCUUUGUCCUAUCUCGAGAAAUUGAUUCAGUCCGAAGUCCCACCUAUCGAGGGCGAGUUGGGAAAACGUCCCCCAGCGGUUUCCUUCAUCGCACUUCAACACGAAGACAACGCCAUCAAGCCGAAGAAGCGGGUCGAGGACGAGUUUGAUCACAAGGUCAGCCCCAAGGAUGUCGAUUCUGAAGGCCAAGACAAGAGCAAGAUCAACGGCCAGGGCAUUGAAGGCCGUGCGCCCGUUGAGCAGCGGCGACGAUCGCGUGAGGAAGAUGUAAAGACUUACAGCUACCCUCGAAAGACGGAUGCGAGUCUCGACCCGCUCAACGGCGAACCCGAGCGCUUUGUGCGCUGGUCACAAGCUACCGAGAUCGGUGACUUUAUCCGGGAUGCGUCUCGAGUCGGCGAAUUUGUAGUCAUGAUCGAAGGCGCGCCUUCAGGAUUGGGUCAGAUCAGAGUGACUGUGCCGUCCUUCGAGGAGCGCACAUACUUCUUGCGUCUGCGAUUGCGCAAGCUUUCUCGGCGAAUCCAAGCCAUCGCGGAUGUCAAGAGCGAAUGCGACGCUCUGGCCCACAAGGGUGCGCAGCGUGUUGCGGUCGGGGGAUUCGGUAUUCUCGCCACUUGGUGGUUCACCGUGUACAAGCUCACGUUCGAGACGGAUCUCGGAUGGGAUGUGAUGGAGCCUGUGACGUACCUCGUCAGUUUGUCUACGCUGAUGGGUGGGUACCUGUGGUUCCUGUAUCACAAUCGAGAGAUUUCGUACAAGUCGGCGCUCGACUUUACGAUUAGUACCCGCCAGCGGAAGCUCUAUGACAAGUUCAACGUGGAUCUUCAGCUCUGGGAGUCUCUGAUCGACGAGGGAAAGACCAUCCGUCGCGAGAUCAAGACCAUUGCCUCGGAAUAUGACGCUGAAUGGGACGAGCGUGUCGACGAGCAAGACGAACGUGUGACCGAGGAAUUGCGUCGGAACCGGAAGAAGGAUGAGGAAAAGAAGAGCAGGGAUGACAAGGCCUCGGAGAAGGGAGAGGAUGAUUGA